GGAGCCUCCACUGCAGGCCGCAGCGGAAGGCCGAGCCGCAGAGGAGGCGGCGGCGUGACGCAACAGCAGCAGCAGCAGCCGGCAUGUCUCACGAGUCUCCUCUCUGCAAGCCCUCCAGCCCGAGCAACCCCCGGGUGUUUCUCGAUGUGGACGUUGGGGGAGAACGAGCUGGCCGAAUUGUAUUAGAAUUGUUUGCAGAUGUUGUACCUAAAACUGCUGAAAACUUUCGUGCAUUGUGUACUGGAGAAAAGGGUAUUGGACCAGCCACUGGAAAGCCUCUUCAUUACAAAGGAUGCCCCUUUCAUAGAAUUAUCAAGAAAUUUAUGAUCCAGGGUGGAGACUUCUCACAUCAAAAUGGAACAGGUGGAGAAAGCAUAUAUGGUGAAAAAUUUGAUGAUGAAAACUUCCAUUACAAGCACGAUCAGCCAGGUUUGCUCAGCAUGGCAAAUUCAGGAUGCAACACUAAUGGCUCCCAGUUCUUUAUCACAACUGUGCCAACUCCUCAUCUUGAUGGGAAGCAUGUCGUCUUUGGCCAAGUGAUCAAAGGCAUGGGUGUUGUAAAGCUACUAGAAAAUGUUGAAGUAAAGGAGGAAGAACCUGCUAAGUUAUGCAUCAUUGCAGAGUGUGGUGAACUGAAAGAAGGGGAUAACUGGGGACUUGCUCCUAUGGAUGGUUCUGGAGAUACUCACACAGAUUUUCCUGAAGAUUCUGAUGUGGAUUUAAAAGAUAUUCACCAGGUUGUGUCUAUAGCUGAAGAUGUAAAAAAUAUAGGUAACACUUUCUUCAAAUCCCAAAACUGGGCAAUGGCAGUCAAGAAAUACAGCAAGUCUUUAAGGUAUAUUGAAGCUUCUAAAGCUAUAGUAGACAAGGAAGAUUUAGCAAAGUUGAAUGCUGUAGCGUUGAGCUGCUACCUAAACAUUGCUGCUUGCAGACUGAAACUGUUGGAGUGGCAAGAUGCAAUUGAAAACUGUACUAAGGCUCUGGCCAUAGAUCCUACAAACACCAAAGCACUUUACAGAAGGGCUCAAGCUUGGGAAGGAACAAAAGAUUAUGAUCAGGCAUUGGCUGAGCUUCAAAAGGCUCAAGGCAUAGCACCUCAAGACAAAGCUAUCCAAAUGGAAGUACAAAAAGUUAAGCAGAAGAUAAAGAAUGAGAAAGAAAAAGAGAAGGCAGCUUAUGCAAAGAUGUUUGCUUAAGUCAAGAUAGUUUCUCCUCCUUAACUUGUGCACUGAUAAAGGCAGGAUUAGUAUGAGUAGCAGUGACAGUGUGUUAUUGACUGUCACUAAUACUGAUGCUGUUUCACAUGUUUACAUCUUGGCUUUUCUUAAGGUUGCAUAUAAUUUCAAACAUCUUUCAUUAUUAAGUUAAAUGGUAAGGCACUUAACAGUAGUAGUAUUUUAACCUAAAAAGUGUAUGAAAAGCUACUUCGUAAAACUUCAGAACGACCGAGUGCAAAGAAUUUGAACAAAGUUUGGUUACAUACCAGAGGCUUAAAUUAAACAAGCUAUUUCCAUCCCUUUUAUCUCUCACCUGUAACACUCAUUACUGAAGAUUCAAACGCUGUUAGAAUGGUGUUGAAGAAAUAAACUGAAUUUGUAAUCAUA